AUGUGUCAGAGGAGGCAGUCCAUGAAAGGGACACCAGGAGCAGACAGACAGGCAGACAGGAACAGGCAGGUAACAUGGACUAGACCAGGUGGGCCCGGGGACACUCUGGGGGCCGGGCAGGAGGGCGGCGAGACGCUUCUGGCGGACGGGCUGGAGGACGGCGAGACGCCUCUGGAGGACGGGCUGGAGGACAGAGAGACGCCUCUGGAGAACGGGCUAGAGGACGGACGGGCAGAAGGUGGCGGGACCACUAACGACACAAGCGCUCGAGUCGGCGGGACAUGUACUGGUGUCGGCGGGACCCCCGAGGGAGCAAGUGAUGGCGUUGGCAGGACCCCCGAGGGAGCAGGUGAAGGCGGGGCCCCAAGCGGAGAAGGAACAGGUGUUGGUGGGACCCCCACCGGAGAACGAACAGGUGUUGGCGGGACCCCCAUCGGAACAGGUGACGGCAGGACCCCCGGUGGAACAGGAGCAGAUGUUGGCAGGACCCCCACCGGAACAGGAGCAGGUGUAGGCAAGACCCCCAUCGGAACGGGUGACGGCAGGACCCCCAACGAAGCAGGAGCAGUUGUUGGCGGGACCCCCAUCGGAACAGGUGAUGGCAGGACCCCCAACGGAGCAGGAACAGGUGUUGGCGGGACCCCCGACAGGACAUAUGAUGGCGAGGCCCCCAACGGAAUAGGAGCAGGUGUUGGCGGGACCUCCAUCGGAACAGGUGACGGCAGGACCCCCAACGGAGCAGGUUUUGGCGGGACCCUCGACGGGAGAGGAUCAGAAGUCAGCGGAACCUGUGAUGAGACGGGAGAGGCUGGAGUCGACUGGACAGGGAGGCUGGAGUCGACUGGACAGACGAGGCUCGAGUCGACUGGACAGGCGAUAGGACAGGCUUGGCUGCAGGAGGAUUGGUUGCAGGAGCGCGGGCUGGUAGCCGGGCCUUGCGUCCCUUAG